GUGUAUUUUUUUUAUAGAUUUGGUUGGAGACGGAUAUAGACCAAAUAUUUUUUUUUAACAGUGACAUUAUGUUAAAUAUUCUCUAUAUUCUUUAAGUGCGCCAUUUGUAUAAUCUUGUCACAUGAAAUUUGGAAAUAUUUUCAUUGUAUCUUUAUAACAAAAAUAUUCACUUCCGGUCGCGGCGUACUGAUUACCUCCGAAGAGAUCCCGUUUGCCGAGAAUUCAAAGUGAAUUAUAAUAGUAUUUAAGAAAUAUCAACGUUAGCAACUUUAUAGACCUUUGUGCACCGAAUAAACAAUUACUAUAGACUAUAAUUGAAUAGCUCGGAUCUGAACUGAAUAAAAAAAUUAAGCUACGUACGUUGUAAGAUCAAAAAAGAAUCACAUUAUUACUGCACUUUACUGAUAACUAUGGUGUGUUGACUGUGCUAGAAAAUAAAAUGAUCUCUUUUGGAUUAGAUAAAUGUAAAAUCAUUUCAACUUUCACAAGACAAAAGUGUUCAUAGUUUUAUGAUUUAAGAUGAAAAACUGUGUUUAUUUUAUAGAUUGCGUUGGAUACGAGUUUUACCAAAUAACUUUCACGAUGGCGUUAUGUUUAAUACCUUAUAUGUUCUUUAAAUACACUUUAUGUUCAGUCUUGUUAUAUGUAAUUUGGAAGAUACUUCUUGAAAUAUGGUCAUAUUAUUUUGAUAAAAAAAUAUCUACUUCCGGCCGUGGUGUACUGAUUACCGGAUGUGACACAGGGUUCGGAUUUGCAUUCGCCAAACAUUUUGACGAGCUUGGGUUUGUUGUUUUUGCUGGCUGCUUGAACGAGAAAGGUGAAGGUGCAGAAAAACUCCGCAAUGAAUGUUCCAAGCGAUUACAUGUUGUUGAGCUGGAUGUUACAAAAGAUAAAAGUGUUUCAGAAGCAUUCAAAUAUAUCAAACAAUAUACUCCAAAACAUGGUUUGUGGGGAGUUGUCAACAAUGCGGGUGUUAAUUUUAAUGGGGAGAUUGAGCUAACCACAGUGUCGCAACUAGAGAGGACAUUUGAAAUCAAUCUAUACGGACCAAUUAGAGUUAUACACUCAUUCCUACAACUUAUCAGACAAUCUAAAGGACGGGUAGUAAAUAUCACAAGCGCUCAUGGUAGAAUUGCUUUACCAGGAAAAGCAAACUACGAGACUGCAAAGCAUGGUAUUGAAACAUUAUCAGAUUCUCUGAGACUUGAAAUGACAAAGUUUGGAGUAAACGUUAGCAUUGUGGAACCCGGCAUGUAUGGAAAGUCUACUUCAGUUACAAGUGCAGCAGUGGUAAAACGCCAAAUCCUAGAGAUUGAAGAGAUGUGGGAAAACGCAACGCCGGAGGUUCAAAAAUCAUAUUCAAAACAAUAUUUAAUGUCUUGGAUACCAAAACCGAUAGGAACAUGGCCUCCAAAUGAUGACGUCACUCCUGUUAGCAAAGCAGUAGAGCAUGCGCUGAUAAGUUCUUCCCCGAAAAGGAGAUACCUUGUCGAUGGAUUUGCCACUAAGCUGUCCUUUAUAGACGAGUAUACUGCAUUGGCACGAGUGAACAAUAUUCUACCAACAUGGAUAACGAUAAAAUGCAUUGAAGUAUUGCGUAACUGUUACAAAAACACCAAAUAACAGAUGUGCCGAUUCGCUUAUUGUUGUAAAGAUUUGUCUUUUCUUGAAAACUGUGUUAAAUGCUUACACUAAGUUUUUUUUUCUGAAUUUUGUCUUGUUAUCGGUGACUUGUAUUGGUGUCUUUUACUUUUAGUCCUUUGUACUUUUUCUUAUUGUUGUUAUUACUUUAUUCUCGUUACUGCAAAUUAUUCAAGACUUUAGAUUAUUAAAUCUUAUGAACAGCUGAUUGCUAAAGCUGUGCUGAAAUUUAUAACAAUUAUUAUAAAAAAUACAUGCUUUUUUGUAUUGAAAUAACAUUUUUUUUUGUAUUUAAAUAUCAAUAGUUUGUGAAACACAUGCAAUGUUCGUCAGUGAAAUUAAGGAGAAAAUUAACAAACAUCGUCGACACCCUUUUAAUUGAUUUAAAUACUAGUAUGAUUCAACUGAACAAAAAUAUUGCAUAGUCAUUUUAUUAAACAGACUGGAUGGAUGGUUGGUAUUUUAGUAUGCCCAUUCAUUACCUUAAAUAAUGACGUUUAGUUAUGUAAACUAUUCGUGAAUGUGUAUGUGCACGUUAUUCAAUUUUUGCAUAAUUACUUAACAUCAAAAUGUACAACAUUCUUUAACGUAUUUUGCUGAUCUGCAUGAAUAGUUGCACUGACAUUAUAAUUCUUAUAUUUUAUUACUGUUAUACUCAUAUGAUGCAUACGGUGAUAUAAAUGAAUGAAAAUUAGUAUAAACAAU